CAGCGAGACUGCUGAUUUUUAUGCAUAGCGAGCUACUGAUGUGUGCGUGUGUGUUAAAAGAGAUAGGGGGAGAGUGAAGACGAUUCUCAAGAUGAGGGUCCGGCAUGCAUGAGUGGCACGGGUGGUGUGAGUGGCGGUUGUGGUGAUGGCUCCGGGUGACGUGGCAGCAACGUCGUCGGAGCAGCAGGCCAAACAACAGCAGCAGCAGCAGCAGCAGCAGCAACAGCAGCAACGUCUGAAGGAGAAGAGGCAGGUGAAGCGCUCGGAGACAGACUCCUCCUCCUCCGCCUCCUCCUCUGAGGUGGAUGGCAUCUACGUCUUUCAGGCGCAGGAGGCCUGGAAGGAGUUCCACAACUCGCUGCGCCACUUCUACGAGACCGGGGAGCUCUGUGACGUCACACUGAAGGUUGGCAGCCGUCUGAUACCAUGCCACAAGCUGGUGCUGGCCUGCGUGAUCCCCUACUUCCGCGCCAUGUUCCUGUCGGAGAUGGCCGAGGCCAAGCAGGAUCUGAUCGAGAUCCGUGACUUUGACGGCGAGGCCAUCCAGGACCUGGUGGGCUUCGCCUACUCCUCGCGCCUCACGCUCACCGUGGACAACGUCCAGCCGCUGCUCUACGCAGCCUGCAUCCUGCAGGUGGAGCUGGUGGCCCGGGCCUGCUGCGAAUACAUGAAGGCCCACUUCCACCCCUCCAACUGCCUGGCGGUGCGCACGUUUGCGGAGAGCCACCACCGCGUGGACCUGAUGGCCAUGGCGGACCGCUACGCCUGCGAGCACUUCAGCCAGGUGGUGGAGAGCGAGGACUUCCCCGCCGUCUCGCCACAGCACCUGCGCACACUGCUCUCCUCGCCCGACCUCAACAUCCAGUCGGAGGCCCAGGUCUACCAGGCCGCCGUCAAGUGGCUCAAGGCCAACCCACAGCACCACGCCACCUGGCUGGACCAGAUCAUGUCUCAGGUGCGUCUCCCCCUGUUGCCGGUGGACUUCCUGACGGGUCCGGUGGCCCGCGAGGCCAUGAUCAAGAGCAGCCUGAGCUGCCGAGACCUGCUGGACGAGGCCCGCAACUACCACCUGCACCUCAGCAACAAGAGCGUGCCCGACUUCGAGUACACCGUCCGCACUAUGCCACGCAAGCACACGGCAGGUGUGCUGUUCUGCGUGGGAGGCAGGGGCGACUCGGGAGAUCCCUUCCGCAGCAUCGAGUGCUACAACAUCAGCAAGAACAGCUGGUUCUUCGGGCCCGAGAUGAACAGCCGGCGUCGCCAUGUGGGCGUCAUAUCAGUAGGAGGGAAGGUGUAUGCUGUGGGGGGGCAUGAUGGAAGUGAACACCUGGGUAGCAUGGAGAUGUUCGACCCCCUCACCAACAAGUGGACAAUAAAGGCCUCCAUGAACAUCAAGAGGAGGGGCAUAGCUCUGGCAGCCCUGGGCGGUCCUAUCUAUGCCAUCGGAGGGCUGGACGACAUCUCCUGCUACAGUGAUGUGGAGCGCUACGACAUCGAGGCGGACCGUUGGAGCACGGUGGCCGGCAUGAACACGCCCCGCGGAGGGGUGGGCUCAGUGGCCCUCGGGGGUCACGUGUAUGCUGUGGGGGGCAACGACGGCAUCGCCUCGCUGUCGAGUGUGGAGCGCUUCGACCCUCACCUCAACAAGUGGACGCACGUGCACGAGAUGGGCCAGCGCCGUGCCGGCAAUGGCGUCAGCGAGCUCAAUGGCUGCCUCUACGUCGUAGGUGGCUUUGACGACAACUCUCCGCUGAGCUCGGUGGAGCGCUUCGACCCGCGCUCGCAGGGCUGGCAGUAUGUGGCGGAGCUGACCACGCCGCGCGGGGGGGUGGGGGUGGCCACCGUAAUGGGCCGCGUCUACGCAGUCGGAGGACACAACGGCAACAAGUACCUGAACACCGUGGAGGCCUUCGAGCCUCGCAUGAACAGGUGGGAGUUGGUGGGCUCUGUGUCCCACUGCAGGGCGGGGGCUGGCGUGGCCGUCUGCUCCUCCCACAUCAGCCAGAUCAGAGAUGUGGGCCAGGGCUCCAGCAGCGCUGUGGACUGCAUGUGAUAUUCCCCCCUCUCUACGCGCACACACACACACACACACACACACACACACACAGACACACACACAAACAAACACACACACACGUAUAUAAGCAUUCACAUGUGAACACGCACUCACACACUCAAUGAUGCGCAGGUAUAAAAGCAUACACAUGUAUACACAUGUGCUAGCUGACACAAGGAUAAAUAAGCACACAUGUGCAUAUGCACUCACGCAUAAACCUGUGCUUACAGACAUGCGCACAUAAGCAUACGCAUAUACUGCAUAAGCAUACACAUUCACCAGGCAGAUAGACACUCACACGCAUACUGUACAUGUACCUGCUUGCAGACAUACAAGGACAAACACAUAUGCAUAUAAAUAUGUUCACACUCACACACAACUGCACAAGAAGCGCACUGACUGAGCACACGCCUUUAUCCCCAGCACCCAAACCCACCCCACCUCCAACAUACACACACAUACACACACACACACACACACACACACACACACACACCCACACACACACACGGGACAAAAUCAGGUGCCAAUCCAUGUAAACAUGUGCUAAAGCACACACUAACAAGGCACGGUCACUGCUCUCACAAUCUGUAUAAAUGUUGAUUGUUUGUAAAACACGCACGCACACAUACACACAAACACACAUACACACAUACACAUUCAAGUGGUGAGAGGGUAACGUCGUUGGGGUGUUGUGACAUUUGGUGUUUGUUGACUGAUAAUGUGCGAGUGUGUUUCUCUUCCUCAUGAUGUACAAUCAUUCAUCUUUGCUCUGACAAAAAAAAAUCAACUCCCAACUGUUUUAUUUCCCUCUCGCGUGUGAACAGUUUGCUGCAGUAUGCUCUCUCAGGCCAUCUGAACUGAGCUCUCCAUUUGCAGUAGUGGUGGGUGGGAGGUGCAAAGAAAAGAUUUCUGAUUGGUGUUGAAAACAUUCUAGAACAUUCCUGAGUGCUGCGGAGCUCUUGAUAGGUUAGUGGAGCUGUUUGCCCGUGUGUACAGUCAGUGCUCUGCAGUGUCUGCCCAAAAUUCUUUUUAUUAGACUCCCUCAAGUUGAGAUUUCCAUAAAUAUCACAAGUGACCCACUCCCCAGCCUGUGCUGAAGCAGAGAGAUGGAUAGACCGGCUGAAAGUCUCACCCUCAACACAGUUUGGUUAAAUGGGGAGGCAAUUCCUGUUGGGUGGUUUUAUUAAACCAGAUAAGUCUACGAUACCUGAUACAUCCUAAGAUGACUAAAGUAGUAGCUGAUACCCAUACGAAUCAAAGAGUGUUUUUUGCCACCCAGAUUAAACUGCUCAGCCUUCCUAGCAAAACCAAGCGAUGGUUAUGUGGGUAUGAGUUUCGGAUGAAGCGGUCAGAGAAGUGAAAUGGAGCUGCACCAUUUGUGCUGACACCUGGGUUAAAAAAAGAGACUUGGCCCUCUUCUCUGGACUAAACCCCCUCUUGAAUUUGCUGAAAUUCCCGCUCUCUGCUUGCGUGCAAACAAUCAUGAGCAGCAUUCUAGAAGCGGGAGAUGACAGUGCAGACAUGCUGUAAAAAGUGAUGCAGACAACAAAACAGUGAGAACAGGAAAACAGGUAUUGAUCACACUGCAUGGAUCAUAAUGUUCGUUCAACUUCAACAAUGCCAUGUAAUAAAUACAUGCAGUACUAAUGUCGUAGUGUGCUAUAUGGAAUGGCAUUGUAAAGUUAAGAGCAACAGAACUGAUCUAUGCAGUGGUGUGUUGGCUUAAUAUGGGAGAAGUUUGGUUCAUGCAGUCUUUUUACUGCUGGUUGUGGUGGAAAUUGUGUUUAAAGUAUUUGGACUUUAAAAAAAAAAUCACAUUAGUCACAUUUAGUCUUAGAAACCAGAUAACUGCCAACGUCGUUCUGCAAUAAGCAAAGCCUGUGACUGACUGACAGGCUGGUGGUGUUAUUGGGCAAGUGCUGCUGAGCCAGGGACCUCAGGACAGUGCCCCCUGCUGAUCACUGCUGUCAGUGCGUCCCAGUGCACCAAGACUAGACACACAGGGGCCUUCUUAAAAGCUCAGAGAUCUUUUUGAAAAAAAGAUAUGUAUAUGAUAUGAUAUCAUUCUGCACUGGCUCUGGAUAAUAGAAGUCGCUCAUCAUCGUGCACUAUUUUUGUAGGAUAGAAUGGAUUUUGUUUGGAAUAUGUUUGUUGUUUUUAUUGUCUUUGAACAGCAAAGAGAUGCUUUGAAGAGAAAUGAAAACAUGCUAUAUAUUUUUUUGGCUUGGGAAAUAUUUCAUCUGCGAUGUUUACUUCCUGUUCCGAUUGCUCUUACUAUUUCCGGCUUACUUUCUGUGUGUUUGCAUGCAACAGGAAACGGUUUCCCCUCUGCAUAUCUUACUAAAGGCAUUUCCUUAGGGCGUGUUGUUUCCUCUUAAACUCAAAGCAUUGGCCAGUACAAUUUCAACACUUGGCCAGCUACUGUGCAUGGCUGCCUUGCUUAACUUGACGGCCAAACAGGAACCAGUGGAGCUUGGCCCUCCUAACUACUCUUGGCUUCAAAUCGAAAAGCAGCUUUCUAUAGUCAAAUAUUCAAAAACCCAAGAGCCUCACGGGAGAAAUGACUGUUAAGCCAGCCCCUUCCCAACGCGGCUGCUGUCCGCUCCUCGAGCUUGACAGACGCUUUUGCUUGACAUCAUCCUUAGCCAGUUAUGAAGAGUGCUCAAAAAGUAGAAAGCGGGUGACUUAAUGGGGUGUUCUUUCCUCUGAUUUUGUUGUUGUUGUGAUGGGUUGUUUGUUUAUUUUGCAUCAUUCUAUUUUUAAUUUAAUUUUUUUUGAUGUGUGUGUUUUCCCGUUCUUCUCAUACUCAGGCUCCAGCCAUGCUGCUGUGGGUUUCUGUGCAAUUAAUUGAUUAGCUAAUCUCACACACCUGACUGACUGACUGACUUAUUUUUAUUUGGAUAUUUUAUUCUGCGUUUGCUGGCUACCGUCAGUGCCACCAUGUUCCUUUUCAUGCCGUUUGUUUGCUUUUCGGUAUUUUGUUUCAGCAUUUUGUUAUCCUUAACGGUAUAUGUGUGUUUUGUUAUUGUUAUCGUGUCUAACGUGCCAGUAUACCUCCUCCUCAUGUAAACCUUUCCUGCUGUCUUUCUAUUACUUUCCCUAAUACCGGAGGAUGUGCUAAGGAAGUGCUUUAGUUGCUACAUCAAAUCAGUGAACUCAGCUGGGGCGUCGCUAGACCCAUUUUACAGGGGCACGUGUCUGGGUAUUGAUUUGCUGUGCCCCGGUAUGAGUUUCACUAAAAAACAACAACCUUGUUACUUUGGAAUUUUGCUCAAGUUUAACACACGGAGUAAUAUACAGAAUGCACACAAAAUAGUGCACAUGCACUACUUGCAGUAAAAUAAUUAAUUUACAAGCUUUUUAAAGUAAAUAACUGCUUGCAUUAUCUCUCAGUGUCCUGCUGUGCCCCUGUAUAGCUUUGGGUCAUCUGACGCCCCUGGAACUCAGUCAAUGCUAUAUCUCUGAAGAGAAGAGCCCUUUUGUUUUCUUGAAUGGUGAAUUGUUCAGGCGAGACUCCUCUAUUCUGAGGUGUCAAACUCAAUCUGGGCUGAGUUUCUCAAAAGAGAAGUUGUUAGCCUGUUAGCAACUUCGGUAGUUGCCAAUGGAAAAAUGCAUUGAAAACAACAAAGUAGCUAAUGUAGUAAGCAACUUUGGUUUUGAGAAAUUCACCUGGGCACUUGGGCAGUAGUGACUGACUCUGUUUUCUGAAGUAUGUCUCCCGGGGCGUUGGGGAGGUUUGUGUGGAGGCCUUCUGGAUUAAGUGUUGCUCAACUGAGGAGGGUUUUUUUUUUUGUUUUUUGUUUUUUUUGGAGGCUUGAACUGUCGUGUUUUGAAUGUGCUUACAAUGCCAGAGGAGUAUGCCAAGUGUACGGUAGCUUGUUUAAGUGACCUAACCCAGACAUCUUAACUCAGAUGAAGUCGUACUGUUAUGGACCUAAUAGAAGAACCCAUAGGGAUUCCAUAUCAUACAAAAAUGAAAAGCCACACAUCGCUACUUUUCCAAGGUUUUCCCUCUUGGUCAGAGUAAGCAUACGUGGGCACGUCGUCUUAACCUUGGAUCUGUGGAAUACCCCAACAAAACUGGGGUGAGUUUCUCAAAAGAGAAGUUGUUAGCCUGUUAGCAACUUCGGUAGUUGCCAAUGGGAAAAUGCAUUGAAAACAGCAAAGUAGCUAAUGUAGUUAGCAACUUUGGUUUUGAGAAAUUCACCCCUGUUGUGGACUCCCAGGCAGCCGAAGCUCUUCCCUGUUGUGGCCAUAAUCUCCUCUUAAAGCCUUUUCCAGCUUAUUCUGAUGGAUUCAUUGCUGUAUUAUCAAAUGAGAAGUCUCCAUCUUCUCACAAUACAAUCCCAAAAGCCAAUCAUUUUCUUUCAUUCUCUGAAAAAUAAAAUGAAGAUUAAAAAGUAUAUUUAUGUGGUAAAAGGUUCAUAGUAUAUUAUAUAUGACUUUCAUGACUUGAUUACAUUUGUGCGUGACAAUUUGGGGAUGACUUUUUAUGGUUCAAAUCCCAGGGGGAAAGCUGGGUGGUCUUCUAUGUGUCUCUAUAUGAGUGGUGUGAGGUUAUUUCUAAUAUACCUUAGACAGGUAGAGGGCUUAACGCUGUCGGUUGAUUUUUAGAUGCACUGUACAGUACAGUUGCUAUGGCACUAACUAGAUUUUAAGAGCAUAAGGACCUUAUUGUAUCUUUUUUCAGAUCACUUCAGCUGAGCGGGGCAUCCCUGGAGUGGUCUUUUGUAAACAUGUUAUGCUUUCGUACCGGUUUGAUAUCGUAUCUGUGUUGUAUAUUUUUUGGCUUGAAACUUUGUUAUGCCUUCUCGUUUCUUUGUAUUGUCAAAAAAAUUAAAGUGAAAUAUUGCAUA